GCCCAUUGGAUCCGUACCUUCACAGUCAGAGUCUAGUUUAACAUGACUGCAAACUCUCACUGAACCUCCGCAGAAAUACAGGGACUUCCAAAUUGAAUCUCAAGCUAAAGCUUUCAGCUUUCUCAAUCAGUCACUUUCUCUACACAUACACACCAACAUAGAUUCCAAUUUCAAAUCAAAGUUCCGGGUUUUGCAUUACUUUGUGUUCUUUCUGAUUCAGCAGUUGAAGGAGCUCAGCUUGGAAAUAUGAUUCUAGCUGUGGUGGCAUUGCUUCUGUGUGUCUUUUUAGGAGCUUUCGUUCUGAUCCCAUCUGGGAAUACAAAAAACGUUAAGUCAAAUGCCAAAGCUGACAAGACAGCCAAGAUAUACUCUAAAGCUGAGGUUUCUUUGCAUAAUAAACGAACAGAUUGUUGGGUGAUUAUCAAAAACAAGGUGUAUGACCUUACACCAUAUGUAGAGGUACACCCGGGUGGUGAUGCCAUCCUCGCACACGCUGGGGAUGAUUCAACUGUUGGGUUUUAUGGGCCGCAGCAUGCUAGCUUAGUCUAUGAUAUGGUUCACGAAUUCUAUAUUGGAGAUCUGGAGCCUGGAGCCAGUGUAACUAAUUAGUCAUUAGCUUGUGAAAUCAUUGGGAGAAUGUACUUCUCUUUUAGCCACCGGCAUUCUUUCUGUAUUCAAACAUUUUCUAGUUGGUUUCCGUGUUGCCUGUAUCACCUGUUUGCUUAUAGAUUUGGUUUCCAACUGUUUCUUC